GGAGAGACGCCAGCCGGCAAAGUACAAUAGCAGAUAUGGUGAUCAAGCUGCAUGUCCUCUGGAGAUGUCGGGAGAGAAGGGAAGGCUGGUCCAUGCUAACUGGAGUCCUCCCAGACUGGCUUUGAACUCAUCUCCCACAGGAUAUUCUGCAAAUGAGUGGCUUCUAGGGUCAGAGUGGCAUUUGGAGAGCAAGGCUGGAUUGGCUUAGGCUGCCUGGGCAGGGAGUGCCACUUCCUGGACUAGAGACAAGCAGCAGCCUGCAGUGGGGAGCUCGAGGCCCAGCUACCCGAAGGAAGAGUGCCAAGGUUCGGAGGACUGGCCAGGGAAGGUCUUUCAGCUCCUCAGCGCCUGAGACCUCUGCCCACUGAAAGGCACCAUGUUCCGCAAGAAAAAGAAGAAACGCCCUGAGAUCUCAGCCCCACAGAACUUCCAGCACCGUGUCCACACCUCCUUCGACCCCAAAGAAGGCAAGUUCGUGGGCCUCCCCCCACAAUGGCAGAACAUCCUGGACACACUGCGGCGCCCCAAGCCAGUGGUGGACCCUUCACGCAUCACCCCGGUGCAGCUUCAGCCCAUGAAGACAGUGGUGCGGGGCAGCUUGGGGCCCGUGGAUGGCUACAUCUCCGGGCUGCUCAACGACAUCCAGAAGUUGUCCGUCAUCAGCUCCAACACCCUGCGUGGCCGCAGCCCCACCAGCCGGCGGCGGGCACAGUCCCUGGGCCUGCUGGGGGAUGACCAGUGGGCUGCCAACCCGGACAUGUACCUGCAGAGCCCCCAGUCUGAGCGCACUGACCCCCAUGGCCUCUACCUCAGCUGCAAUGGGGGCACACCAGCAGGCCGAAGGCAGAUGCCAUGGCCCAAGCCACAAAGCCCACAGGUCUUACCCAAUGGACUGGCCGCCAAGGCACAGUCGCUGGGCCCCAGUGAGUUUCAGGGUGCCACACAGCGCUGCCUGCAGCUGGGCACCUGCCUGCAGAGCUCUCCACCUGGCACCUCACCACCCCCAGCCACAGGGAGGUGUGGCACCAAGGCUGCCAGGCAGGGGUCUGAAGAGGCCCGACCACAGUCCUGCCUGGUGGGUUCAGCCACAGGCAGGCCAGACGGGGAGAGCAGGCUGAGCCCCAAGAGCCAGGAAAGCAGCCUGAAGUGCAGGCUGUUUCGAAGCAUGUUCCUGUCUACUUCUGCCCCGGCCCCUCCGAGCAGCAGCAAGCCAGGCCCUCCACCACAGAGCAAGCCCAUCUCCUCUUACCUACCACCACAGAAAGAUGCACCCCCAAGCCUGGUGGCCAAGGCCCAGUCUUUGCCCUCAGACCAGCCCAUGGGGACCUUCAGCCCUCUGUCCACCUCAGAUACCAGCAGCCCCCAGAAGUCCCUCCGCAGAGCCCCAGCCACCGGCUUGCCUCCAGGCCGGUCUUCCCCAGCAGGCUCCCCACGCACACGGCACACCCAGAUGAGCACCAGCAACCUGUACCUGCCCCAGGACCUCACCGCAGCCAAGGGUGCCCUGGCUGGAGAGGACGCGGGUGUCGUGACACAUGAACAGUUCAAGGCAGCACUCAGGAUGGUGGUGGACCAGGGUGACCCCCGGCUGCUGCUGGACAGCUACGUGAAGAUUGGAGAGGGCUCCACAGGCAUUGUCUGCCUGGCCCGGGAAAAGCACUCAGGCCGCCAGGUGGCCGUCAAGAUGAUGGACCUCAGGAAGCAGCAGCGCAGGGAGCUGCUCUUUAAUGAGGUGGUGAUCAUGAGGGACUACCAGCACCUCAAUGUGGUGGAGAUGUACAAGAGCUACCUGGUGGGCGACGAGCUGUGGGUGCUUAUGGAGUUCCUGCAGGGUGGAGCCCUCACAGAUAUCGUCUCUCAAGUCAGGCUGAAUGAAGAGCAGAUCGCCACUGUGUGUGAGGCCGUGCUGCAGGCCCUGGCUUACCUGCAUGCCCAGGGUGUUAUCCACCGGGACAUCAAGAGUGACUCCAUCCUCUUGACCCUCGACGGCAGGGUGAAACUCUCCGACUUUGGAUUCUGUGCUCAGAUCAGCAAAGACAUCCCUAAAAGGAAGUCCCUGGUUGGAACCCCCUACUGGAUGGCUCCUGAAGUGAUCUCCAGGUCCCUGUAUGCGACUGAGGUAGAUAUCUGGUCUCUGGGUAUCAUGGUGAUUGAGAUGGUGGAUGGGGAGCCACCCUACUUCAGCGACUCCCCAGUACAAGCCAUGAAGAGGCUCCGGGACAGCCCCCCACCCAAGCUGAAAAACUCUCACAAGGUCUCUCCAGUGCUGCGAGACUUCCUGGAACGGAUGCUGGUGCGGGACCCCCAGGAGAGAGCCACGGCCCUGGAGCUCCUGGAUCACCCCUUCCUGCUGCAGACGGGGCUGCCUGAGUGCUUGGUGCCCCUGAUCCAGCUCUACCGCAAGCAGACCUCUGCCUGCUGAGCCCUCCCCCAGAGCACACCUGCCACCUGUGCCCACAGGCAGGGGACACUGGGCAGCUCAUCUGCCAGCACGGCCUGCCUGCCUCAUCCUCUCAGUAUUCUCUCCAAAGAUUGAAUGUGAAGUCCCACCCCUGCCCUUCUGCCCCUCAGCCCACUGGGCCAGGCCGGACCUGCCCCUCCAUCCUCUCUCCCUCCCAAGGGUCCCCAGUUGCCUUUGGGAUGAUGGAGACCACUUCUACAGGAUGAUCCUUUGUUAUUUGCACAGGGAUAUUUCUAAAAAACAUGGAGAUCAGCACUCCUGGCCACUGUGGCCAACACAGCAGAAAAAGCUGCUGUGGUUUUUUAAAGAUGGUUGUACACUAGCAUCCCAGGCCACCCAAGAGGGCUGACUGCCAGUCUUCACCAGGAUACUUGCUGUUCCCAGCUCCAACUCCAAGCCCUGGGGCCUUAAGAAGGCCCCAGGGAAGGUUUUUACUGCCUGAAUCCAUCUUCCUCCCUGUGUCUGACUUUGUGAAGGCACCUUCCCACCUGUGCUGACAGCACUCUCCCUGCACUGCCUGAUCCCAACUGUGAAUAGCCUGCUUGCAGGACAGGGGAGGAGGAAAUGUCCUAGGUGAAAGAGGAAGAAUGGAAUUGGUGGUACAGGUGGUCUCACUUUAUAGGAUGGAGAGAACACCGUGUGUGUAUUUGUGUGUGUGUAUGUGUGUGUGUGUGUGUGUGUGUGUGUAGGAAGGCCACCCUUACAGCCUGGCCUUCAGGCCCCCCACAGACAGCUAAUUUAGUAAGGCUCCCUCAUCCCCUCUCCCACUAAGUUCUGGUCUGAAGGGACCUGCUUUCUUUGCCUGGCUUCCCACCUCGAAAGUCUUGUGUUUCCACCUGACCAGUGAAGGGGUCUAUAUUGAGUCUAACCCAUCCUGGGGUUUUCUGAGUUUCUCCUGUAUUGUGGAGUCUGAGAGCCAGAGUGAACAGUGAGGAAACAAGUUUUGUUCUACAUGUGAGCUUCAUCUCAAGAACCAGGUCAUCAGGGACUCAUUCUUUUCAACAUCCUGGUGUAAGGGAGGUGAACCAGCUCCUGGGGUUCCAUUGUGUCAGGAGAAUGGGCACCCAUCUGUGCAAACCAUCUGCCCCUAGCUGUCUCUUCAGACACCUGUCUCCUUGUCCUCCUUCCCUCCCUACCUUCAGGGCUGUUGUGAGACAGGGAAUUGCAGGGUAGAAUUCCAGGUGUCUGGACCCUAUCUAGAUAAUAUUUUUUAAUUCAUCUGCUCCCUAGCAGCCUGCUUUGGGGCAAAAGAAAAAAAAACUGCAAGGACUUUUUUUUAAGGGUCUGAGUUUUAAAAACAAAAGCAUCUUCCCUAGAAACUUUUGUGAAUUGUUUGCACUUGUGCCUGUUUUAAAUUAAACUGAGUGUUCAAAACC